CUUAACCAUGGAAGUCAUCUUGUUGUCUAUUUUCUCUGUAUAUAAGACCAUGAUCUUCCGAACCUCCCCAGCUCAUCUUGAACUUCUACUAGACCACGAUCUUGGCUAUCAUUCUUUCUGACAGAACAAAUGCAAACAAAGUAGCUCUGCUUUGCUUCAUCCAUAUAUUUACGUGUAUCCCUCACUACACCAUCGUUUCUAUCGCAACCACUUUGUCUAUCACACAUAACCAGCCAAACCCAAUACAACUUCGCCAAUCCCAACAUGAAUUCUUUCUCUUAUCUCCUCCUGGCUGUCAUCAGCCUCUCUGUCUCAGUCCUAGGAGGCGUCCUACCCGACAAACAUCCCGAAAUCAGGCCAUGCGCCCCCGGGACUAAGAUGUGCCACGAAGACACCGUCUACCGCUGUAGUUCACUAGGUACAUGGGUCGACAACAUCCAAUGCAUACCCCCAGCCCACUGCUUCGAGGACAAGCACACGCAAGACGCCGGGUGCGUAGACUCGCACGCCGAGCUGAAGCGUUCUGAUCCGACCACGACUUCGGCCCCCUACCUCUUCGAGGACGCGUACCAUGGGCCCCCUGGGAGGCCUUCAACCAGCAAGACGACGACGAUCUCUCUCACGUCGGACGAACAUAUCAAGCCGGGGCCCCAUACGGGGGACCUACGCUGCAACGGCCCCGUCGAGGAGAUCUACGAUGAUAGUACCGGGUGGCGGGUAGUGCAGCGUUGUAAGGAAUGCCACACGUUCUCGGACGGGACCAUAAAUUGCGCCCCUCUGAACCCCAACGUGCCGACGCCGACGCCCUGCCAGAUCAGCACUUUCAGGUGCGCCGGCAAGUGGAUGGAGGCUUGUGCCGACGGGUACCAUUGGCAGAAGCUGGAGAAGUGCCUCGACUGCAAAGAGACCGGCCACGGCGUCGUCAACUGCGCUCCCGACAACCUACCGCCUAUACCCCCCCACCCCGUCUGUAAGAUGGGCGCUCUGAGGUGCAGGGGUAACUGGUUCGAGUUCUGUAACGCGGGCCGUCAAUGGCAGUCCGUCCAGCGGUGCGCGAAGUGCCUGGAGAGCGGCACCGGAGGCGUCUCCUGCGAGCAGCCGAACACGGCUCAACCUGCGGAUCCUACUAAGCCCGCGGCUUCUCCGACGGUGCUAGAGGUGACUCCAGUUGCAGCUGCGGCUCGGACUCCGGCUCCGGAGUUGCCUGAUUUCGAGUUUCCAACCGGGGCCCUGAAACCUGACCCCGAUAUGGAAGUGGCUAAGGAUAACCCUUGUUUCGGAGGCGAGGUGAAGUGCAAUGGGGAUCGUAUUAAUGUGUGCAUGGCUUCGCAUCAGUGGGAGGAUUUCGGCCCGGUACGUCGUUGAAAAAUCCCCUAUGGAUUUAUGACUGAACCUCCAGUAUUCCCCUUAUAACUUCCGAUCUUGUUGACGAAUUACAUAUUUACUAAUCCUCAUCGCUACAGUGCCCCAACUGCACGCAGCUCUACAACACCAAGGUUAACUGCACCUGGGAUUUCGCGGAGCAAGCUGACAGUUUCGACUCCCUCCUAUCCCAAUUCUUAGCGGAGGAAUCUCUUCUAGAUUCAGUCUGUGAGCAGGGAUGGCAGCGGUGUGCCCCGGGCAACACGACUGUCGAGAGUUGUAGUCCUGAAGGGAAAUGGGUCUACGAGGAAUCUUGCGAUGACAAGAGUCGGUGCGUUGGGAUUAGCGAGGGUGUCGCUUUUUGUCUUGACAAGGAGACGGCUGAGGAUGAAGUGCGUAACUUCGUGAUCUAGUUUUACUGGAUCGGAGAUUUUUGAUGCGGUGUUUGAUGGGCAAUAACGCCACUGGCUAGUACUGGUUGGCUGGGGCGCGUUAACUGG